AUGUCUGGCCAGGAUACUGAGGACUUUGGAGCAGAAAACCUCUCGGAGAAGUCUCGGAUGAUUCCCAGCCUCCCACCGUACGACAUGGACGACCAGCUCCUUCCAAGGGAACCACGGAGUGCCUGGUGCUGCUUGGCAUGGACCCUGGUGGUGGUCACCAUGAACUCCUUGGUCUUUCUCAUGAAUUUGCUCCUGAUGUUUGUUAUCUUCACUAUCGUGCUGCUUCCCACCAUUGUGGUGGUUUACUUUGGCUUCCAGUGCCACUCCCAGGUGCUGCACUCGGCCGCCCGCUACUGCAAAAGCAUCUUGGAUGACAACAGCUCUUCUGCACUCAUCAUCCUCGGGUUCAUCAUCAUGUCCCCCCUCAUCGUGGCAGCCAUGGCCAUCUACUGCACCCUGGCCCGGCGCCUGCGGCUGCUCCUGUGCUUCCAGCCCCACAGCAGGGCUGUCUACAAGGGGGUGAGGUGGCGUUGGCAGGAGGAGGGAGGUCUCUGCAGCUGCCUCAAGGGCUGGGAUACACCAGUCAAGGCCUGGGUCUGA